AUGACCCCUGGGGUAUCUAUUGAUUUCAACUCCAACCUUUUUGAGGGUCCAAUUCCUCUACCAAAACCUGGGUGCCUCUCACUUGAUCUAUCCAACAAUAAAUUUUCUGGUCCUAUCCCAGCCAGGAUAGGUGAAUCCAUGCCACACUUGCGCUUCCUUUUUCUUUCAGGCAAUCAAAUAAAAGGAAUCAUCCCUGAGUCUAUAAGAUAUAUGCAGAGUCUUCGGAUCAUUGAUCUUUCAAGGAAUAGUUUGACAGGAAGCAUUCCUUCAACCAUAAGUAAUUGCCCUCACCUAAGCAUGCUACACCUUGGAAAGAACAAUUUAUCUGGGACUAUUCCAAAAUCUUUUGGUCAGUUAGAAUGGCUUCAAUCACUUCACCUAGACAAGAACAAUCUGUCAGGAGAACUUCCUUCGUCUUUCCGAUACCUGUUGAGUUUGGAAAUCCUUGAUCUCAGUUACAACUCAUUAUCGGGUAAUAUUCCAGCAUUUGGAGCUGCUUUCACAUCCCUUGGAAUUCUUAAGUUGAGGUCCAACAAAUUUUCAGGAGGGCUUCUUUUUGAGCUGUCAAAUUUAAGUUCAUUGCAUAUCUUAGACCUUGCUGAAAACAAUUUGAGUGGUAGCAUUCCAGCCUGUUUGGGUGAUCUUAAAGCAAUGGCUCAAAAGCAAAAUAUAAGUCGCUAUACACUCGGAGUCUCUUAUACAAGGCGAGUUUAUGAUGAUAGUUUGAUCGUGACUGCGAAAGGCCAAGAUCUGGAAUAUAUCAAGACUCUUUCUCUCAUAAUUAGCAUAGAUCUAUCCAGCAACAACUUUGGUGGAGAGUUUCCAAAAGACGUAACAAAGUUAUAUGGUUUAAUGAUUCUCAACUUGUCAAGAAACCAUAUUAAUGGCUCGAUUCCGGAAAACAUCUCAGGGUUACAUGAAUUGUCAUCUCUUGAUCUAUCAAGUAACACUCUUUAUGGCCUUAUUCCUUGGAGCAUGUCUUUAUUAACAUUUUUGAGUUAUUUGAAUCUAUCAAAUAAUAAUUUCUCUGGCAAGAUCCCCUUUACAGGACAAAUGACAACUUUUGGUGAGUCUGCCUAUGUUGGAAACCCUCAUCUUUGUGGACCUCCACUUGUUGCUAAAUGCCAAGGUGAUGAUUUAGAUAAGGGGCAAGGUACUGUUGAAGAUGAAAAUGAUGAUGACUUCAUUGAUCAGUGGUUUUACUUUAGUAUCGGGCUUGGAUUUGCUUUGGAGUUUGAGUUGAAAAUGGUAUCAGAUAUCGGACUCGACUGGGAAAGGUCCGAGGCAGAUACAACUCGACCAAGUCGUACUGGACUUGGCCGAUACUUUGAGCCCUAG